AUGACCGACCCAGAUGCCAGCCCAUCAUCCAACCUUCGUCCGCGCCGAGCAACCAAACAACCCGACCUCGAUUCUGACCGCCAUGAUCAUGCCUCGACAGCCAUCUCUCGCCAGGACCACCAGGUCACGACGAACCUCCCUGACGUCUCUGUGACUUCCUCGGAUCUCAACGACGUCAAGGAUGACUACGACGACGCCAGUAUACCGCCUGAUCAGCGACAACUCCGUUCCCAUCACCCUCGCGCCGAUGACCGAAAUUCCUCUAAAGGCGCCCUCCGUGCUCAUAAGCACAGAACGAAUGGCGCCUUUCUCCUUUCGGAUCCCGCCCUCGGCGCGCAUACUCAACAUACCCAGCUGCAGUUACCUAAGAGGCAGAGCUUGUUAGAGCAUGGCAGGAAAAGGAUCACUAAGAAUGGCCUGGACAGGUCGCCUGGCCGGAACAAACUUACGGGCCCCUCAAACGAAGUAGGCUUGGGGCUUGUUCAGCGCUCAGGGUCGACAGCUGAGCCAUCUGUUCGACAACCAACCUCCAUCAACGAUAGUACGGUCACGUCGAACCGCGGCUCUCCGGCCGGUGAGACGGUCAUUGGAACAAAUCCAUCCCCACGAACCAGCAUGGCGCUCCUGGAUAUGGAGUCGGCCCAUAUCGUGAACAUGGCUCUUAACCUGAGCGAGUCGAGAAGGAUAGCGUCGCGAAGGAUCAUCUCUCAGCCAGUGCCUCCAAGACUAGGACCAGUGCCGGAAAACAGUACCGGAGGAAGUCUUCGACAACACCUGCAGCAGCAGAGAAAAGUUUCGCGGAAUAUGUCACCUAGACCGGACCACUCCCCGCGCAUCGCAUCUGCACGGUCACUGCAAGCUUCAGCCGGUCUCGAAGCAUACCAGUACCACUUUUCCCAGUCGACCUUGGCGAGAGCGCAGAAGGCAAGGGAAUACUUGGGGCUGAUGGCACAAUACAGACGGUUAUUAGAACUGCUACCCCCAUUGAAGGCCGCCCGAUCAGCAACGUAUUCCACCGUUAGUCCUCCCCUGACGCCUAGUGGCCCUAACUUCCCCACAAGACCAACUACUCAUGACGCCGAAACAACAAUUGGUCGUCCUUACAAUCCGCUGCAGUAUAUCCGCAACAGGAAGAUUCGGGCUCGUGAGAAAAAGACUUUGGAUGGAGAGGGUCAGGGCUUCAACGAUGUUGAAAGGGUUUCUGAAUGGGUUGACGAAGUAGCCAAAUGGAUCGCCAAGGGCCAGGACCGAAUACCGGGAAACCCUUCGAUACCUCCGUUCUCUCCGACUCGUAUUCUCUCUCAGGAAAUCCCGCCCCAGUCCCUUGGCUCUAAGCCGACAACAGCAACACCCAAACUGAAACGACCACGGGUUGAUUGGGCCGUAGAUCCGGCAGAUAUGAUCGCAGACAUCUAUUGGCUUGAACAGGACGACAACAAGUUCCUUGUAGAGGAUAGGAAUUGGAAACGCCUCUUUCCUCAAGGUGGUGCCGAAAUUUACCGUUCGCUCUCAAGAGAUGAUACUCCAGGCUCAAGCAAGAUCUUUUCCAACUCCAACAGCAUUACGACUCUAGACAAGGCUCGCACGGAACAGUCACCCCAAGUUGUGGAACCAAAGACAACACAAAAGGCGCAUCACGAGCAACCGCACGGCUUUAGUGCCAGUCGGGCUCGCGACAAAGCACAACAGAAACUUCGGGCGAUCAGGGAAUCCCACCAUCGAGCCAACAGCUCCAUAUACAAUCGCGAUAUUCUUCGCAUCCAUAGACGCUCCUUUUCAGAGUCGUCUGAUACAGACAGCGAUCGGAAGCGACGGGGCAGACACGGGACCAUCUCCAGUAGUGGUAAGGACAUACUGGCAAGGCAGAUGGAAGACAUGAUCGCUCAGGAGCAAAGAGAUAUCGAAGCACAUCCUCUUCAUGACCAGGAUACGCAACAGCUGAAGCUCCCAGAUGCUGGAUUAGCGCUGCCCGAAAAGGGUCAGGAGUGGCCGCGGAUUACAUCGACGUCUGACGGGGCUGACAAUGUUGAAGGCCGCAGGCCGGCAUCUCGCUCUGAGCCGGCUGAUUGGGAAGGCUCUAAUACCAAGUACCAAGCCAAGCCAACCCCGGCACAGGUUCUCGCUGGACGGGCUGGUGUUGGGUCACUGAGUGGCGAUGGGCGGAUUUCAACGGAUUACGAUACAUCACCGCCAUAUUCGCCUGACUUGCGGCCAGUGCAUGACGUACUAGUUCCUAGACUAAGCACGGACAUGUCGGCAAGGUCAUCGAGACCAAGCUCACCGAUAGCGAGUUCACCGAGCAAAAACCCCCUGACCAAAGUUAGGAGCAUAUUCCGAGAUCGCAGUAACGAGCGUUUGGCUGAGCUCCCAUCACACAUCGGAAGAGACGAGAACCCCGAAUCAACGCAGUUUCUGUACGAUCGGCAACCAGUAGAGUCUCCAACCACACUAGGAUUUGCAACUGGCAUGCUUUCACCUCCCAAGCGGAAGACCUCCCGUAGUCCUCUUCGCAAAAUAGUGACAAAAGGAACCGACUCUAGCCAAAAGUCGAAUAAGAGCACAGGGAUUUACAAACUUCGGGAGGAUGGUAACAGUAGCCUGAAAGGGCUAUUCCGGGGUCAACGCAUUGAUAGUGUUUUGCGUAGUGGUGUCUCCAAAGUCAGCGAUAUGUUCUGGCGAAAAGAGGCUGCCCCAGGUCCCUUGGACAAGUAUGAUUCUUCGGAUGAGUCUGAUGCGGAGAGUCGAGGAAGGUCCAGAUCCUUACCCAGGUCGCCACCACGAAAAGUCAGUCGUAGUCCGUCUAACCACGGGAAGGCGAACGGGGAGAAGAACUACCUGGAUGUUAUGCCACAGUUUAUACCCACCGCGGAAAAGCGUCAUAGCAAGUCCAAGUCCGUUGGCGGCUCGAUCGACCAGAACGGUUUGCUUAGCGCUAGUCCCCCUUCGCAACCGCUCAGCCGUCGGUCCUCCCGCUUUGAACUCUUGAAACCGCCCAAAAUCGACGUUCAGAAUGCAUCGCCGACGUCAUCUCCAGGUCCGCUGGAGAUCACUUCCUUACGUCCAUGGGGGCCUUCCGACGUACCUGACGUGGAAGGCUCGCGGAAGAGCAGCGUCAAUACAGACGCUGGUGGUGUACAAGACGCCGACGCUCGUCUGAACGCCAUGUUAUCCAUGGCUAAAGGACGUCAACUCGUCAACAGUGCCUCGGCAGGAUGCUGGUCCAUAGCCGCCGACCGAGCGAACGCCACUCCCGUCCCUCCCCAGACCAUCGUGUCCAAGCGGGAGAUUGCCCGAUUACGUGCGCUUCUCCUAAGCUCCGGCAUCCACGCAAUGGAAAUCGACAGACGCGCUAAAGCCGACAAGCUCUUGAACACCUCCAACAAGACCGACGAGAACGCCAACACCACAACAGCUAAUAGCCACAUCAACAACAACUCCCGUCUCUCCUGGCCAGACAUAGUCGCCCUCUCCCCCGACCCUUCCGCUCGUCAACAGCUCCUUGUCCGCCCCAUUGCCCAGAUCGAUCUCUUCCCCUUGGCCGCCAACAUCCUCUCCACCUCCAUCCAAAACUCUGCAACGGCAUUCCAGUCCUCCGUCGCCGUCUUCCAAACACAAACCGCCCCGCGCAUGACCAACCGCGUCGAAGCGCUGCGGAGCCGAAUCAGCGGCGAGCUGACGGAGAUGACGAGGCGAGCGGCCGAGGAGGCGGAUGACGCCGGCGGCGAUCUGAUGACGCACCAGCGGCUGAAGGUGGGUGAGGAGAGCUGGGUGGUUGGCGGUUGA